AAAGACCUGGUUCUCAUCAGGACACAAAUUUACAAGCUGAGUGGAUUUGGGAAUGGCAGUUAAAUAUCUCUUGCUUUUGGUUGCUGCUGCUGGCUUACUGCCUGUUUUGGCCAUGAGAGUAAAACCAGCUAAAGUCCAAUUUGAUAAACUCCUCACUGAGAUGGAAAAUGUACAAGAGGAAAUUGUUAAUGUACACAACACCCUCAGGAGAGGAGUGGUUCCCUCAGCCGGCAACAUGCAGAAGAUGAGUUGGAGUGAAGAGGCAGCACAAAAUGCCAGGAUUUAUUCAAAGUAUUGUGAUGCAACAGAGAGCAAUCCACUUGAGAGGAGACUUGCAAAUACUUUUUGUGGAGAAAAUAUGCAUGUGGCAUCUUACCCUGUUUCGUGGUCACAUGUAAUUGGAGUCUGGCACAGUGAGUCUAAAAAUUUCAAAUACGGGCAAUGGACAUCAGAUGAUGACAUAAUGACUGACCAUUACACUCAGAUUGUUUGGGCCACUUCUUACCUUAUUGGCUGUGGCAUUGCAUCAUGCCGUCAGAAAGGAUUACCUCGAUAUCUCUACAUCUGUCAUUACUGUCAUGAGGGAAAUUAUCCUGAAACAAAAAAUCAACCUUAUAAGACAGGCACCCCGUGUGAAGAGUGUCCACAUGACUGUGAAGAUAAGCUUUGUACUAACCCCUGCCUCUACUAUGAUGAAUACACAAACUGUGAUGAACAAAUCCAAAGUCUUGGAUGCAACCAUUCAUCAUCUGCACUAUUCUGCAAAGCUUCUUGUCUGUGUGACACUGAGAUAAAAUAG